GUCUUUGGCUUCUUGGCGACUGUGGCGUUUUCCAUCGACUUCGGCCUGAUGGUGAAGACCAAGGGGCUUCCCUUCCUAAUCAAAGACAAGAAGCAGGAGCACACUAACGGCAUCCCGACGCCGGCAGAGGAGGAAAGACUCAAAACCAACGAGACAGUUUAAGUGUCUUUCUGCUCAUACGCGUGAGGUCGCUCAUUACUUUUCCCAAUAUUCCUCUAACAUGAUGGUGAAGGGGCGGAGCUUUCAAUGCUGACCUCACGUCCAUUUUUUUCUUUUUAAAUCCAGUUUGUAGUUCUUUUCCCAGCGCUGAGGGCGCUCUGUUCAGACAUCAUCACCCUGUCGCUGUGCAGAGCGCCGAAAACGAGAGACACUAAAACCAUCAAACCACUAAAUCUUCUGCUGUAGUUUAGAUUGUAGGAUUUAUUUUUACGCAGUUUGUGAUAAACGCUUUGCUUUAUCGUCCUGUUGUCAUAGAAAUAAUCAGAUGGACGAGAAGGAAUCACAGAAGUGUUUUCGAAGGCGUCGGCACCUCCGAUUGGUCCGAGUCUCUCCAGCAGAAUCCUGAUAUUAAAAUAUAUUCUCCUUACUUUUAAUUUGAAUGAAAUGUUGCACACUUUUACCUCCUCAGACCAAGGAAAAUAUUCCUGAUUGUUGAAGUACCGUCUGUGUGCCUGAACGCCUCACGAUGCUCAGGUCGAGACUGAGAGCGUGCUAAAGUCGAUUAUUCAUCAGCCUUACUUGUGUUGAAAUGACUCGGAGUGUCCAGCAGGGGGAGACGUCUGCUCGUCAACCAUCCAGGGGCUGUUUCAUAAACGCUCGUUUAGUUGAUGCAGACGAGUUAAAGUUCAAUUCAUGUUUUUUAUCUGGACACUGUGGAAAUACGGUCCUUUGCCAAACGUGCCUUAGUCCUCCUUAAAUUCUCAUAGCCUGUACCUAAAAGAUGGACCUAGCUGCUGUGACAUCACCUGUUGGUUGGUGAUGCACGCUUUUUUUUUUUUUUUUUUUCUUUGAACGCUUUCACAUGAAACGAGCGACAGACUGUGUUUUCCUACCAGAGUGGUCGCCCCCUGCUGGACGUUACAGAGCAUUAGCUUUCAGGUCUUUUAAUGUUUUGUGUCACUCUUGACAUCAUUUUAAAAGUGAAAUUGUGCCUUUUUUUUUUAAACAUACUUUUUUACUUCCUGUCUGUGUUUGAUAUCUUUGAUGCCGUGUGGACAAAUAUGAAUAUCGGGGGUAAUUUAGCAAAAUCAGCUCAGAGCUUUUAAUGAUCUCUUUUAAUGCUUUUAUUAACUGUUAUCACUAAUUAUGGCCUUGAUGCUGGGCUCAAGCUCAUCAUCUGAAAUCAUAGUGACUCUUGGUGAUUCUAAUCGCUGACGUGUGAAUGUGUUAAAAUGUAACAAUGAAAGGGUGAAUAUCAAAGUGUUUGUUUGAGGUUUUCUUCCGUCUUUGCUCUCUGCUGUUGGCGGCUGAAGCUGACGUAGCUGCAGGUGUGUGAUGGCGUCGUGGAGGGGAAGCCUCCGCAGCAUCGUUAAAGAGUAACAUUAGAGAACUUGAAAAGGAUACUGCGUGCCUACAAAUGAUUUAAAAUUGAAAUGUAAGAGGAAUGGAGCUCUUUGAGUGAGCAGGGAUUCUCCUUUUCUUCCUGUUGAAAGCAAGUUUUUCCUCCCGUCUGUCACUCGAUGGGUUUUCUCUCCAGUACCGUCGGGCACCUCUGUCGUUGUAAAUGUGCUCGUGGUUCAGUAAUCCGUCCCCCCACACACACCCACACACACCCACUCAAACUUCACUAAAGUCACAUCAAACUCUAAAUUUUAUGCCCAGAAAAUGAAGCGGACUGCAGUUUAAAGGCAAACGCCAUCUGUUUUUGUUUUUGUUUUUUUUACUACAAAUGUAAUAUUUUUAAAUGUUUAAUUAUAAAAAGUGGUUUUUUUUUUCUUUAUUUCUGAGGUCUCAUAUUUUUUCUUUUUUUGUUUUGUUUUUUUAAAUUGUGUCCAUUUCUCCAAAGUCUCAGGACAUAAAGUCACAUUAACCAUGAAAUCAGUGAGAAGUUUGAAAUUCAGAAACAUUUGAGAGCACAUGAAGCAGCAGACUAAUAAAGGACGGGUUUUUAUACAAACUUUUCUACGUUUGUAAAAAUGAAAAACACUCUGUGAUGACGAGGACAUUUGUUAGUAAUCACAGUACACUGGACACUUCCGUGUGUGUCGAACAAUCUGAAAUCAUUUCUAUUUGGGACCAAGUAAAGUUGAUCUUCGAGACAGAGCCCGUUUGUUUUGUACAUAAGUUUCUCUGAUGUUUGUCAGCCUGUGUGUGAACGUACAGUUAGGAUUUCACUGUCUGUAAGAAAUUGCUGCAGUUUCUUUCUGUCACGUGAUAAAGAGAUUUUCAAUAAA